AGAAAAGGGCAGUUCUGAGGAGCAACUGCUACAACGGACUUGUGGUUGGGCAGCAGAGUGGAGACCACCGCUGCUGCUGGCUCCCGCCACCGAGGCACCUCCCAGAUCUGAGCCACAGAUGUGGGGGAGAGGCACGGACCCCUCUUCCUGAGGCAGGCACUGUGGGACUUUGCCACCUGCCCAGGCCCCUUCCUUCACCACAGCAGAACUGCUUUCUAGUGCUCUCUGAAGUGAAGGAUGCUGAGGCUCAGCCCUGUUCAUUGAAGCGCGACCCAGACCCAAGUCUGGAACCAGGAUGUCUCCAAGUCGCCUCGUCUCUCCCCUACUGGCUCAUGCCUCAGCAGGGAGGUGACCUGCAGUCCCGAGGAACCCACCACUUCAUGUCAGAGCCUAGGGCACAGGUGAUCACGGACGUGGCAGGACUGCAGGGUCAUCAGUGCCCCCCAGCCCUGAGUUGGAGCUAUCUCUGUCCUGGCCUAAGGACCUCCCUCCCAGAGGCCUCCGAGCCCUUCCCAGCUGCUGCAGGCCUUACCAGCUCCUUCAGCUCUGCCAGCUUCUCCUGCAGCUGGCCGAGAUUCAUGGCCAGCUCGCUGUUGGUGUGCUGCUCUGUUUGGAGUGAGCCAGUCACCUCCAUGUUCUGAUGAGCCUGGAUAGACAGAAGAAACAAUGAGGCGCCACUCAAUAUAGCUGGAGACCCAGAGCUCAGUGUCUCUUCCCACAUCAGGAUGAGGUCAUCCCCCAGGCCAGGGCACCCCAGGCACCUUACCUUCUUGCCAAGCGCUCUCUGGGCUCCGAAUCCUGAUCAUCUCCUGCACCCACCCUCUGCCUGGGACUCCCACGUCACCCGCUCUCCACGGGGAUGAACACUGCCCACCUCUACACAUCAGUCUCAAAGGCACCCCCUCCAGCCUCCAGACCCUUCAGAGCCAACUGCUCCCUCAGUUGCCACAUCCCACCUUGCCGCCUGCUGCCAAGGGCCCAUGGGAGAUGGAAGACCCCAAGAUGUUUUUCCUUUGGCAUUCUCUCAACUGCGGAGAGGAAAAAGAGAGUUGAGGCUCACGAGAACUGCAAGCCUCUGUACUCACACCCCACUUUACAAGUUAGAUUUGCCAUCUGACUUCAUGCCACCAACAUCUCCACCAGGUGCUGUUUUGUUAUCCAGAGCCUGGAGAGAGGGGUCCUGGGGAGAAAAGCUGGAAACCUCACACCCAGGGCAUGCCCCCAAGUGCUUCACCAGUUUCGUUACCCGCCUGGCCCUUCACCUGCUCUGCUCCAGGGACAUCUGUGCUCCAGGGACAUCUGUGCUGCCCAAAUUUCUGUGCUGCAGUCCUACCAGGAUGCAUACAGCAAAGUUUGGGAGAAAGCACAAUUGCAGAGGGGAGCACAGAGAGGCAGAAAUGACUGAAUCACCCUGCAGUAAGAAAAAGGAGAGUGCACUCAUCCCUCUUGUGGACCUGACUCAGUAUGCUCCUGACUACACUGAGCGGGAUGAGGAGAGAGCUCUUGCAUGGGGAUUUACUGAGUUUGACCCCAGCUCCACUUGGAGAGUAACCUCCCAUGGGACGAUACUCCUCCUGGAGGCCCUGGUAUAUCUGGUGCUAAAACAUCUUCACGAAGGAUCUCACUAUGGGAGAGAUGUCUUAUUAGAAACAGUGCGCCCAUAUUUGAAGGACCCAUAUUUACAUAAAAUAGCACACCUGGGGCUGUCAACUAUGUGCCAGGAAUAACCCCAAGACUGACUCCCACCCUAAAGCCAUUGGGGUUCAAUAUCGGGGCAAGUGCCCUUUUGAGGACUGGCAGGUGGACUUUACACAAAUACUUAGAAAAACAGGCAGUUUCAAUGACAUACUGGAUUUUGUGGACACCUUCUCCGGAUGGGUGGAAGCUUUUCCCACAAAGACGGAGAAAGCUUCCAAGGUGGCAAAAGAGCUGCUGAAGGAGAUAAUCCCUCGCUUUGGGUUGCCCAACUCCAUCCAGAGUGAUAAUGGGCCAACAUUCAUCUCUGACUUUACUCAUGCAGUAAGCAAUGUGUUACAGAUCAACUGGAAAUUGCAUGCUGCAUGGAGACCACAGUCUUCUGGAAAAAAUGAACCACACCUUAAAGAAAAUCUUGGCAAAACUGUGCCAAGAAACACACCUUCGUUGGGACCAAGUACUAUCCCUUGCCCUCCUCCAGAUAAGAGUGGCACCUAGAAGUGGGCUACAAUUAAACCCCUUUGAAACUA